AUUGAUCGCGGUGUUGUAAAUCGAAGUGCCACUCCUCCUCCAGGACCGUCCGGUAUUCGACAAAACGGGUUCACUACGACCGAUCAGGCUAUGUAUCAUAUCCAUCAAAACAUCACAUGUACCGUAAGUCCGGUGGACACACAAAACUUACCUGCUACGCAACGAACCUCUUAUCAGACAGGCAAUUUUGUGACAUGCAAUGACAACGAUAUGCCAUGUUCCGGCGAAGCAACUACACAAAAUCAACCCACUGAGAACAACAGUACUCAGGAUAUAUAUCGGUUUGUAUAUUUAGAUGCUACACCGAAAACGCGUAAAUGUCCAAGUCGAUUGUUGAAGCCGCAUGAGCGCCCCUAUAUGUGUCCGAUUGAGAACUGCGACAGACGUUUUGCGAGGUCGGAUGAAAUGACAAGGCAUGUGAGGAUACACACUGGGCAAAAACCUUUCCAGUGUCGCAUCUGUAUGCGAGCAUUUUCACGGAGUGAUCAUCUGACAACUCACGUACGGACACACACUGGUGAGAAGCCUUUCAGCUGCGAUGUUUGUGGAAGGAAAUUUGCUCGUUCGGAUGAGCGUAAGCGACACGCCAAGGUUCAUGCAAAGCAAAAAGUUGAGCUGUGUUUAUUAACUGAACAAGACUACAGCACAUUUCCUGCUUCUGAAGCCGGUAGUACAAAUCUUCAAGCUGUUAACAGUGAUUAA